CGCAUUGGCCAAAUACUAGUGUGCUUAAAUUUUCUGUGCUGCGCAGCAGUUAAAUAAAAUUGAAUAUACCAAAGCUACAGAUAUAAAUCGGUCUUGAAAACCAGUGCAGGUUGCAUUAGCACCCAAAUUAAAGUCGCUUUUUUGUGGGGCGUGCAAUGUUCAGGAUCCAUUUGAAAAUGGGUCCGCAACGCAACCAGCUCCACAGCAACAACAACAACAAUGGUGCCGCCGCAAGUGUCAGCACCGGGAACCGUCACCUGAAGGAGUUCACCUGCUGCUUCGGGUUGCAUGUCCACACGGCCACCUUAAUGAUCGGAUUGUGGCACUUGUUUUUAAACAUAUUGGCAUUGAGCGUUCUGGCAGUCAUAUGGCGCAAUCCCGAGAUGAUGGACGAAUUGGAGGGCGGCACCCACGACUACACUGUGGAUUUAAGUGCACCGGCACUGCCCACUCCGUUGAGCAAGGUCGAACCGCCCUACGCCUACCGCGACCACUCCUUGAACUAUCGUAAGCGUUACCAGAACUUUGACAUGGGCGGUUUGGUGUGCACCUGCAUGAUAGCUAUCACCCUGAUGAUGAUCUACGGCACCAUUAAGGGAAAACCCUCGCACCUAUUGCCCUUCUUCUGCUUGCAGUUGUUCGAUUUCGCCAUUACCACUCUUACCGCCGCUGGAUAUUUGUGCUACCUGCAGGCCAUCCACGGCAUCAUUGCCGAAUCGCACCGCUUACCGUGGCGCGAGAAGCUGCUGGAAUUGCCGCCAGAGGAGCUGGUUGUGGUGGUCCUUGUCGUCUUCGUUUGCAUUGUCUUUCUAAAGGCCUAUUGCAUUGGCAUCGUUUGGCGCUGCUACAAAUACUUGACCCUCCGUCAGCAACAUGUUCGCACACUGUUCCCCUUCCUGGAGCCCCCGACUGGAGUGCACAGUGUAGGCGGAACUUUUGGAGCCGAGGAGCGGUCCUACUCCACGCUGCUGCCCAACUACGACGAAGCAAUUGCCCAAUACUUGAAGCAGGCACCACCGCCAUCCUACCAAGUGGCCAUGUCCAACUACGAGGAGGGAGAGGAAGCAGCGGCCGAAGGAGCAGAGAUCAACCCCUCGGUUGCACCUCUGUUCGUGGCCCUCGGAGCAGCGACCACUGCAAAUGCGGCCUCCAACACGGACGACAACAUGGAUAACAACAACGAUCAGCCGAACAAUAACAAUACCAUGCAUGUCAACGCCAAUACGCCGCCAAUGCGUCGCAGCGAUGCUGCAGUGAGCACCAAUGUUGACGAGGAGGACGACGAUUUGGAGGUGAUCGACGCCGGCGUGGAUGUGAUCGGCAUUCCACCUCCGCCGCCCUACAACGACGUGGCCGACGCCCAAGUGCAGGUGCCGUCGCAGUCGCCGCUGCACCGUCAGCAAAAUAUCCCGGGUCAAGUGUUCGGCGGACGCGACGAGAGCCAGGCCUAAGUUGUAAUUUUGGAUUAGUUUGCUUCUCAUGGCGAGUGGGUUUUGAUCAUCGAUGACCACCCCUCUCCACCUCCUCUUCUUGCCCAGAUGGUCUGGUUUCUGGUCCCUCAUCUCGACGCUAUCAUUCCCAGGCACACAUACACGGUCUAUAUGGUUGCUUCAUUGUAUUGAUCGGUGUUUUUAGAAAAACGAAACCCAAACAAGUUUUCGCUUUUAGCCGUCGCUCAAUAUUGUUGUUUAGCGUACAAUUAAGAUGCUCUAGUUGCUGCUCAGUUAGUAAGCAAAACCAAAAACUUUUGCGAUGUCGGCAAGGAAAGCUUCAAUUCCUUUUCGGCCACAUCUGACCCAAACGUAGCUGCAACAAUCUGUUAGAUCGUUAUUUUUAUUUGGCCCGAAUUAGCCAGAGCAAUUCGGUUAGUAUAGGCCCAAGUAGUUGUUACCAGAGAGUGUCGCUGGCAUUGUAGACACAAUUACGAUGUUCUUUGUUUUAAGCUAUCUCGUAAGACUAUGCAUAUUGAAUACCGAGUACUGAAUUCACAUCACGGGCAUACAUAAUCCAUACAUUAUGAUAUUACCAAUUGUAUUUUACUAAUGCGUAUUAAUACCAACAGCAGUAAAGUUUUAUGUGUGUACAAUAUCUAAAUGUAUACUGUGUACUAAAUAUGCAGAGAUAUUCGAAUAAAAAUUAGUUUAUACCUAA